CAGGUCAAGAUGGGUUUCCAGCAGGUUGUGUGGGGGGUCACGCUGAUGAGCUUCCUGCUCUGCACAGGUUGUCAUGCACAGCAGCCCGCCUGCGGGAGAUCCAUGGUCAACAGCUACAACGCUGGAGUUCGAAACGCAACUCCGGGAAGUUGGCCCUGGCAGGCUGCUUUGAGCGCUAACGGCAGCGUGUUCUGUGGAGGUUCCCUAAUCACCGACGAGUGGGUGCUGACAGCCGCAUACUGCACGGCACGCAUGAACAUCAAUGACACAAUGGUUCGUCUGGGACUCCAGACCGUGUCGGGUGUCAACCCCAACGAAGUCUCUCGGGGAAUUGUAGCCAACGUCUGCUUCCCGGCAUACGACCCGGAGACGUACGACAAUGACAUAUGUCUUCUGAAGCUGUCGGCCCCGGUCAAUUUUACAGACUACAUCCGGCCCGUCUGCCUCGCCGCAGCUAACAGUACUUUUUACAGUGGGACUAGCUUCAUCACUGGGUUUGGUUCAACUGACAACUUUGGUUCAAACCCCAACGUUCUGCAGCAAGUAAAUAUACCAAGAUUUGGACGGCGUCAGUGCGAAUGCGAGCAACCUAACGUCACAAGGAACAUGAUCUGCGCUGGAGGACAGGCCUCAUGUCGGGGAGACUACGGGGGGCCUCUGGUGAACAGCAACGGUCCCAACUCCAGCUGGAUCCAGAGUGGAAUUCUGAGUGGGGAUUACGACUGCGCCACCCCUAGAGGUCCUGGAGUCUACACCCUCGUGAGCCGGUACCAGCAAUGGAUCGAAGCCACCGUCACUGGCAUGCCACCUGGCUUCAUCACCUUCACCUCCCGAGGCAAUGACAGCGACUUAAACUUCACUUGCCCCACACCGCCCCCCUUCACCACCGAUGACCCACCGUACCCCACCGGGAGCCCACCGUACCCCACCACCCGCAACCCACCAUACUCCCCCACCGGCUACCCACCGUACCCCACCCGCUACCCACCGUACUACACCACCCGCGACCCACCAUUCCCCCCCAGAACGCCCUGUAACGACGAAUUUUGUGCUGGUGCUGGUGAAAACCUGAUCCACUUCACUCACUUCAUCACUCUGUCUGUUCUGGCUCUGGUGCUUCAUGCGUUUGUUGGCCGUUCCUGAAUGGAACAUAAAUGUUGUACUCCGAGUACACAUUUCGGGUACGUCUACCUUACGUGACUGCAUUUUAUUUUUCUACUUUUACAGACUGCCUACUAAUAAAUACACGCAUAGCUCAGGGGUGAAUAAAUAUAUCUAUUUUCUCAGUUGUCUUCGAACCAUUCUAAUUGUGACUGUUGCUGCGGGCAUUUUAAAAAGAAGGUGUUACUAGAAAAUGAAGUAAAACUACAAAAAAAAAAAAACUGAACCUUUCAAAGCUUUAAUUCUAGAAUGUGAAGUGACAGAAUGUUGUAAGCGCACAUGUACUCAUUUAUAUCUGAUGCACUUUGAUUUAAAACCUUGUUUCAUGGAGGAAUGUUGGUUUCCUGAUUAAACCAUG